AAUCCAGGAAUUAGGUGCAUCAUAUAAAAUAUCCAAAUGCUAAUCAAUUUUGUUACAAUAAAAACGUGGUAAUAAAUUAUAAAUUAGUUGCCACGUUUAUCGUGUACAAUCUAUUUUAUUAGUUUACAUUAAAUUAAUGCGAAUAAGUUAAUCUGACAACGCAGUAAAACGGUUUUUGCAAUGCGAAUUAGUUACUUGUUUACAUCAAGUCGAUUCUAAUGACUAAUCUUUACAGCGAUCAGCAAUCGAAUAUACUUGGGGAUAACGUGGGUAAUCAAAAUCGUUGGCAAAAACCGUUCGUGUUUUACAUUCUGUUGUGUAUUACCAUAUUUUUAAACGUCAUGAAACGCGAUUUCGCGAACAACAUCAAACGAUGUCACGAAUCAUAUUUUGGAGUAAUGUAUUUUACACACAACAGUGUACAUACAUAGAUAUGUAUAAGCUGUUACACCGUUACCUACAGUUUACACUACUUUAGUUACACAAUAUACCCACAGCGUCUAUCGAAACCACUUUUAUAUAUAUACGUAUAGGGUAUAUACGAACCGUGUUUUUUUAUUGUCAUUUGUGUGUACGGUAUUCGGUAUAGUUUUAUUGUGUAUAAUAAUAAUAAUAAUAAUAUAUAGUAGCCGGGAAGCAUUUUUGGGUGUUCCAAAGAAUUAGUCGGUGCCAGGCGGAGCGAUUCGUCGUUGAAAGUUCAAUCGUGACGGCACUCCAUAGCCGGAAACCCACUCGAAAGUCUGUUAGUUGCUGUUGUGAUUUUUUACCGCCAGCGAUCAGCCAAAAAAUAAAAAGGCCGUUUGAUGUUUUAACGCUUAUUAGAGUAAAUCUGCGUAACCUAACCUAACGGAAAAUUAACGAGAGAAAACCCAACAAAAUGGAAACCGCACCUAUCGAAUGGAAUGAAAAUGUUAUGCCACUUGUAUCUUUGAUUAAAAAGUUAAAAGAAUAUCACCAUUGUUUCCGGCACCGCUGGACCGUGAACGACAUUAAACGUUUACGAAGGUCGAACAACAAUUACUUAACCCACCUAUUGGCGAAAAACAAACGGCACGGUUAAGUAUAUUAUUAAUUGUAUAGUAAUUUGUAAAAAAACAAUUUUUUUAAACUCUUGCCGAAUUCAAUUGGCCGCGCCUAACGUAUUGGGUCUAUCUAAUGUCUUAGUGCAGUCUUUAACGACAGCUAUAUAAGAGUGUGUUCGCAGGAGUGAACCGUUUCGGUUGAAUAACAAACAUUGACAUUAACUUUAUACCUAAAUCGUGGUCCGAGGGUUAACAACGAUGGCAAAUGACGAACAAGUAUGCGGUGGACGGUGUUCGGCCUCAGAAAAGAAAAAGGGUCGCACGUGCGAUGAACAGAAAGAAAUACUUGCAUCAGUGGUGGACGACUACAACCCUUGGGGAAAACCAGGACACGGUGCCCCUAACGACGAUGGCCUUAGGAAAAGGAAAAUAUUCCAGGACCCUCCUUCACCGCCUUUGAAGGAAGUCAGCAACGAUGUAACAAAAAUGGGCAGACCUGGAGGAGGCGCGCCUGUUAAAACUACUUCUGGAAAAAUGAGAAAUUUCAAAAUCGAAGAUCCUCAAUUGCGGUUUCAAUUUCACGCGCCCGACAGAAACAUGGUGGACAAUGAUUUCAGAUAUCGCACUUCGAUUAAGGAGCAAAGAGUGUACAAAUCGGAAUUGGACGAGAUGGUUCGAGAGAAACAAGAAAUAGUGGCGGAAAACCGAAAACAAGACCUGAUAAAAGACAAACAAUUGAGCAAGGUCGCUGAUCCUUGGGGAAGACCAUGCCCAGGGGGUGUGGUUUGGAGAGAUCCAAAGAGUGUGGGCAAAAACUUCUUUCGCUCUUUGGGAUUCGAGGACGGUAAAAAUAUGCAUAUAGGAUCGCACCCUAACGACAACCCUGAAGUCAGAGCCGAGAAAAUAUUAAUAGAAGAAAUCACUGGAGGCGUAGAAUUAGCACCGUUGCUGGCAAUGAGAAAAAAACAAGAAAUUAUGAAGUGGCCUUUACACUCAAGCGACGUGACUGAGAUUUACGAUGCUAAAUCUAAUUUUUCGAUUGACGAUAAAGAAUAUAACGAGUUCCUUCAAAGACAGAUCAGUAGCCGCCAGCACCGUAUUCAACACGAACACGAAGAAGAAAUGCUAGAAGGUCAAAAGCACAAUCAGAACUGGCAAGACUUUUGGGGGAAACCCGGCGGCGGUGCCCCCAAAGGACCGAUGAAACAAAAAGAGAACCUCGACUACAUUUUAUAUCAGUUGCCGGUCAUCAACCGAAUGAAAGAACAAGAAGAAAAAAAGAACUGCAAAGGUUGCAACAAAAAGACGCCGGAAAAAUAAGUGUAGCCCCGCGACUUCUCAUUUGAAACACAUUAAUUCACUUUAAAAAAGAAAUCUGUACUUAGCUAAAACUACUAACCUAUUUUAGCAGCGUAUAGUUAUACUUAGCGAUCACAGCAGCUGCUAUUGCCGUAGGAGUAUUACGGGUAGGUACUAUAACACGGUGUGUCCGAAUAGUCCGGUGAUUUAUACAUCAACGAUAAAACUUUUUAAGACUUAAGCAUAAUAUACUUUGCUAUGUAUUAAUUGAAAUUCGGUAAUUUUCUUUUACUCGAUACUUUGCGCAAUGCUCGCCACGGUCAAUACACUGUUGUUACUAGCAAAACACGUUUGAUUUGGGUGUUUACAACUUGGUCGUUCUAAAGUUAAAGCUAUAAAACAUAGCAAUAACAAUGAUGAUAUAAUUAUUAGGUCGCAUCUUCCCCCCCCCCUCCCCCCAAUCAAAAGAGUUGUCAUCAACACGUUAUCUAACAAAACGGUUUUCGACGAUUUCUCCUCUUCGGUCACCAAAAAAAAAUAAAAAAAACAUUUGACAUCACACUACGAGUGGGUUCCGUUGAAUAAAUUACACGUUAUUAUUAAUAAAAAAAAUUCUAAGUGCCCAUUGCAGACUCCAAAUCCUUAGCAAAUCUUAUUAAUAUUACAAAUGCAAGUGUCGUGACUCUUGAUAUAUUUAAAAUAUGCACAAUGAAAGCAACAGCAGCUGUAGCUCGUUUUUAAUACGUUAAAAAUGGUUUUAUUGACAAAUGAUAAAACGCUACUGCUUACAAGUUACAAUAAUACCAUGGCAGAGUAAACGUGAAUGACCGGUAAAGAUAAUGCGACAUUGCAAUGUGGAUAGGACGGUUUGAAAUUUCACCAAACGCGAUGCGCCGACCAUGUUGUAUAUGAUUUUUAUUUUUAAUACAACGCCCAGGAAAUCGAACAACACCGUGUUCUAAGUCAUAAUAAUAGCAGGAAAUUGUACUUAUUUCCUAAGAAUUUCACAAUUUACACCUUGAACCCUUACCGUACUGUACAUGUCCCGUCCAACAGUUUUGGAAUUUUAUAAUGUUUUUAAUUUUCAAAACGUUUACAAAUAAUUAAGAUAAUACUCAAAUUAAAAUAAUUGAAUCAAUUAAUUUUGCAUUAAAAUAAUUAAAUUUUAUUUAAAUCACACAGCGGUUAUUUAAAAUUUAUUUUUAUAAUAUUCGUCAAAAUUGACAAAAUAUUUCCAAAUUAAAUUUUGGCAGGGAAUUAA